AUGAGCGAAUCCUUGGUGGAGAAAAUGAAAAACCUAAAUUUUGACAUUCUCAAUCCAGAAGAGCCCAGUCAGAGGACUACAACGACAUCAAGUCUUCAAGAAUCGUGCCGAAAAUCAAUCAUGCGAGCGGUUGGCUUAGACAGGUUGUGCAAAGCAUCGGAACUUCCGGUACCAAAGCCAAUGGUUAACUUUCUUGCGGGCGAGUUAUCCACCAACGACUUUUUCGUCAAUAGAAACAGUUUGAACUCUGAGAAUAUUACAAAUUGUAUCUACCCUGCACAAUGCUUGCUUGACAAUCGUACAGUCAUGUUGAAAUGUAUAGCAUCAAAUGUGAAAACGCCAGAAAUGGAUACGGCCGUGAAAGCCUGGGGCGACCUAAAUCAUGCAUAUCUGAUGAAAUGUUUCGCGGAAUUCAAGCAAAACAAACAUGAUAUAAUGAUCUUUGAGCACGCCCCACAUUCGUUUGCCGAUAUUCAAACCAAACUCCGCACAUCCAACGGAACAAUACCCGAAGCAUUGAUAUGGAAGGCAUUUGCGCAACUCUGCGAGGUAUUGGUUUUCCUUAAGUCACGUGGUUUGACGUACGAGAAACUUAAACCAGAAUGUAUAGCUUUUGACUCCGAAGGAAAUCUUAAAUUGGACAGUCUUCUCUUGUAUAUGCCUUUCAAAGAAGAUGAGAUGAUGGACGGAACAGCUGUGGACGACGAGGGUCUGAAAGGGAUAUACACUUCACCUGAGGAAAUCAAUGAAGAACCUUCAGAAAAAUCGCUUACGUGGACAGUAGGUUGCUGUGUAUACGAGAUGGCCACAUUGCGACCAGCCUACGCAAUACAGGGUACAGACAUGUUUUCAGCUAUCAAUCAAAUCAUGGAAGGAAAUCCACCACAGCCCAUUGCUUCAAGCUACUCUGAAGAAUUACGAAAUCUCGUCGAUCGUUGUCUAGCAUCAAAUGCCGAAUCUCGUCCAAGUAUUGAAGAGGUUCUUGCAGCAACGAAAGACAAAGCAUCCCAAGUUCAAGAGUCCAUCGUCAAUCUUUAAAACUCUCAUUUUUUAACGGAUUUUUAGAAGUAUCUAUGCACUAAUUUUACAAAAAAGCAUAAUAAGUACGCUCACUGGUUUGAAUCAAAUCUCAAAUGGAAAUCGAACAUAAAAAAGGAUUUAUAUAACUUUACUAUCUAUGCACUAAUAUUACAGAGUUUUACAACGUUCAACGGUUCAACAUACGUCUUUGAAAACGGUAUCUCGUCCUAAUUAACAAAAAAUUUACAUGUACAACUUUUCGCGAACAUUUUAAAAGUUUAUGUGCCUAUUAA